AUGUCGGACAUCCAUGCAAAACACCCCGACCCUGAAUCCAAGCCCAUGAAGCAAGAGGUCGCCGAGCAAGACCCGAGGCGCGACUCGGUGGACAGCGGGUCCAUGCAGUCCACCUACGACGAGACCCAUCGCAAGCUCAAACCCCGCCAUGUCCAACUUAUCGGCAUUGGAGGCACCAUCGGCACGGCCCUGUACGUGCAGAUCGGAUCGGGCCUGCGCACGAGCGGCCCCGCCAGUUUGUUCAUCGGCUUCAGUCUGUGGUGA